CUCGAAUUCGGUUAGCUAUGUGGCCCUAUGACUUCGACCAUCGUGUAUAUUAACCUAAUCGAUCAAGAAUGGCUCUCUGGCCAAUGAUCUGAAACUCCACUUAACCCAGCCGCCAUCCCGCGUCACUCUCUUGGCUGAUUCUGAAUUUCUAGCUAUGGUCGGGGUAUUCAUUAGGCCCGAGGAUCUGCGGUUCAAAGUCUGAACUUCUUCUGGCAAACCUCUUGCCGUGCUCUCCCUCCUCCAGGCUGCUUGGGAUAAGAACAUAAUACAGGAUCAUGAGAGUCCUGUCAGCCCGAUCUAAGUAGCGAUCAUCAGGUGUUCACGGAUUCGAGACGCACCUCGCUUCAAGAUGGCUUUCCCUAUGCCCCUCGUGGGCCGAAGCCUCGCAAUCUUCGUCGUGUCCCUUGUGAUGAUGAUUAUGUCCAUUGUGGCUGUCUCAUUAAGGGUAUUCGUUCGAGUAUACCUUGUUCGAGGUUUCGGAUGGGAUGAUACCCUGAUGGUCGCAGCCCUGGCCUUGUUCAUAACCCUGACCGUAUGUUGCAUGAUUGCUUCAGCAGAUGGAGUCGGUCACUCUUAUGCCGACUUCACCAGCCUUGAAGUCUACAAGACGGCGCUACUGUGGUGGUGGCUCGGUCAAAUGCUAUAUAUUUGGGCAUCUGCUGUUGCCAAGACAUCGAUUGCCCUCGCUCUCUUACGAUUGACCGUCAAGAGAGCUCAUCGUUUUUUUCUCUGGGGUAUUAUCGGUACAGUUAUAGUCAUUGGUCUGUUGUUUUGGCUUGUGCUGCUCUUCGACUGUCAUCCCAUUUCCUACUUUUGGAACCGAGUGGACCCGAGAAAUUCGGGAACUUGCCUAUCAGUCCAAAUACUUCUCGACAUCGCAUAUCUCUACAGCGCUCUGACGAUCAUCUGCGACUUGGCCCUAGGAAUCUUGCCAAUUUUCCUUAUAUGGAAGUUGCAGAUGAAUCACAGGACCAAGAUUGCAGUUGGAGGAAUUCUAAGUCUGGGCGCAAUUGCGAGUGUUGCUGUGAUCAUCCGACUCCCAUUCCUACAUUAUUACGCGGAUAUGGAUUUCCUUCGCAACACAUAUCAAAUCGCCAUUUGGUCCGUGAUUGAAACAGGUCUCGGGAUUACGGCAGGAAGUUUGAUCACCCUUCGUCCACUCUUUCGCUGGCUUCUUGAUGGAAGUAUGGCCUACGGGCGGAAUGCAGCAAGCCCGGCAAAGUACCCACUCUCCAGCUUGAGAAGCGAACAACUGAAAGCCUCCAGCGACCCCAGCAAUUGGAGACCGGAUUUGGACGUCAAUGACAACAGUGGGCUUGUGAACACAGUAUCUUCGCCCCGACUAAAUUCCUUCCGCUAUACCAACAGCAGUCAGGAAGCUUUAAAUCCCGAGCUCAUGCCAGUCUUCUCGCAAAGCGGAGUCACCGUUCAGAAGACAUUUGAGCAAGUUGUCUCGGAGCGGGAAGGGUAACUACAUUCAGUGUUGCUCGUGGCCAUCGACUUGGGUGUCGGUACAUACAUUUUCAAAAACAGCUUCAAUCCUGACAGUCAAUGCAAUUUCCUUUGUUCAUCUAUAC